AUGAAUCGAAUUUUGAAACUCAUCUGGUAUUGGUGUUUAGUAAUAUUACCAUUCACAGCUAUUCUCACGUUUAUUUUGACGUUAGUAGUCUGCAGUCAAGCACAAAGAAAGAUUGGUUCGUACCAUACGACGUUACCAAACAUUUCUAUACUUGCAAAAGGUCCUGGUUACCGUUAUUUUGUUGCUGGCUUUGUUCUUCUGGUUCCACAACUUCUACUGAUUACUCUCGGUCGACUACUGUUCCUUCUACAUUCUCAAACUAUUGUUCAUCAUGUGAUCCUUUAUAUUAUUCAUUCAUGCGCACUGGUUAUAUCCGUAUUUCUUCUAAUAAUGGCAAUCGUCAGUGUAGAUCAUAACGGUCCUCUUCAUGUCACCGGCGCCAUUGGAAUGUUUUCAUCAUUUUUUACAUAUUUUAUAUCACAUACUAUCGUAGUUUUCUAUCUAUUUAUACGGCGGGCAAAGGCACCACGUCAUUCAAAUAUUCUGUUGCCCUUAUGGUUUCUCAUGUGUUGUGUAUUAGCUAUCGUCUGUUUCAGUAUAUGGGCUGCGACAUCUCAAAGUAUUCCGCAGUAUAUCGCUGCUGGAACGCCUUUUCUAUAUAUUCUUGGAUUUAUUCCUCAAUUUUGGAGUCAGGCGAGAAUGAAAAGACGAAGUUCUGUCGCAUCUUUCGAAGAACAUAACAUAGAUAGGAUCAAUUUGUAG